AUGAGCUGCGGGUCCCAUGUGCGGAGUGUGUGGGCACUGACAUCAGCAGGGCUCAUCUUCCUAUGGGCGAUCCGCCUGGCUCUGGGGCACACCAACAAUUUUGGCUUUGAAUACUUGAUGGAGGAGAGCGCAGAGGAGCCGAUCUACAAGGAUCCAUGCAAGGCUGCUGCUUAUUGGGGUGAUAUUGCUUUGGAUGAAGAGGACCUGAAAUGGUUUCAAGUUAACAGAUCACUAGACCGAGAAGAAACCAGCAAUAACCAUACUGGAG